AUGAAUUCCAAAAACACUAAUGGACCAAUUUCAGCCGCGGCGGCCAAUCUCACCGAAACUAACCAUUUGCGUGGAAGAUAUUAUAGUGCUCUCAUAGUUCGGUGGGACGACAAUUCGACACAACAGGAAGUUAAAAAGUACAUAGCAAGGAAAUUGGAAGGAUUCUGGCUGGACGCAUUUGAAGGAAAACGGAAAGGCCUGCCGAGAGCGAGCACUCUGGCAAUUCUUGUAGAUAUGAGAGGGUAUUGGAGG